UGUAGAGACAGAUUUUGAAUAUGGCAGAAGGGUGUACUUGUGAAACACAGUCGCACUGCCAAAAGCAUUCUUUGUCAUAGCCGCUUCACAUCUACUUUUUUCAUUGCAUGCAUUGUCUUUCAUGUUGACGUCACACUUGGCACUUGCGCAUACCUAAGGAGUACAGCUUUUCUUCCCUGAUCAAUGCAAAGAGCGCUCAUAGCAUCUUACCGACUGCUCAAAGGAGACCCUUUAAUACAACAAGGUGUCAAAAUGCUGUCCACUCUGCCGGGAUGGAAGCAUGUGUCGCAGCCCCACGCCUCGGCUUCGCGGCCAGGCACGUGCUGCGCUGCAAUUAACGAAUCCAUGCCAAGUAUAAGGGCGUCAAUGAAACGCGCCUGUCCAGGCCUCCCCACCUCCCCCUUCCACCUCCCCCUCCACCCCACCUCCUCCUCCUCCCCACGCCGCCGCGGUGACACCACCCUCGUCCGCUUCAAAGGCAGCACCCCCUCCCCCGACUCCACCCCCUCCACCCCCUCCACCCCGUCCACCUCCCCCAUCUCCCCGCUGCCCCCCGCCCCCGGCGCGCUGGCCCCUCUGGCGCCGGUGCUGCUGGCGGUGGCGGUGGCGUGUUGCGGCAGCUUCGCGUUCGGGUUCAACCUGGGGGUGAUCAACGGCCCGCUGGAGGCGAUUGCGCGGGAGCUGGGGUUCGCGGGCAACCAGGCGCUUAUGGGGGCGGUCGUCAGCUCUACCCUGGCCGGCGCCGCGCUCGGCUCCCUGGCCGGCGGUGCGGUGGCUGACAGUCUGGGCCGCCGCGCAUCCUUCCUGCUGGCCGCGCUGCCCAUGGCUGCGGGUCCGCUGCUGUCGGCGGGCGCGGGCGACUUCGGGGGCAUGACUGCGGGCCGGUUCCUGACGGGGGCGGCCAUCGGGCUGUCGUCGGCGCUGGUGCCCACGUAUAUCAGCGAGGUUGCCCCCACCCGCAUCCGCGGCACGCUGGGCACCCUGAACCAGCUGUCCAUCUGCGCGGGUAUCCUGGCGGCGCUGCUGGCCAACGUGGCACUGCCUGCGGAGCAGUGGAGGAGCGCGUUCAGGCUGGCGGCGCUGCCGGCGGUGCUGCUGGGGGCGGGCAUGCUGCUGGGUCCCGAGAGCCCCCGCUGGCUGGCCUCCCGCCACCGGGAUGCGGAGGCGGCUGCGGCGGCUCGGCGGCUGUGGGGGCCCAGCGGCCCCGCGGAGCUAGACACCUCGCGGCCGGCGGCGGUGGCGGCGGCGGCAGCUGGCACCGGCAGGGCGGCGGCAGCGGAUGUGGGCGGUACGGCACCGGGUAUCGCAGUGGUCCAAUCGGGCGGCCUGGCUGCCCUGAGUGGCCCCGCCGCCAAGCCGCUGUUGAUCGGCAUGGCGCUGUUCGCGUUCCAGCAGUUCGCGGGCAUCAAUGCACUCGUGUACUUCUCAUCCUCGGUGUUCAGACAGGCCGGUGUGUCCAGUGACACGCUGGCCAGUGCGGCGGUGGGCGCCACCAAUGUGGUGGGCACGCUGCUGGCAGCGGGGCUCAUGGAGAGCGCGGGGAGGAAGCAGCUGCUGGUCAAUAGCUUCAUGGGGCAGGCCGCCUGCAUGUUCCUGAUGGCUGCCGGCUUCAGCCUGCCCGCCCUGCAGCCGCACGCCGGCACCCUGGCGGUGGUGGGAACACUGGGAUACAUCCUGGCGUUCGCGCUGGGAGCAGGACCCGUGCCCGCCACCAUUGUACCGGAGCUGAACCCACUCAGCACGCGAGGCAAGGCCGUGUCUGCCGCCUUCGUGAGCCACUGGAUCUGCAAUGUGGCAGUGGGGCAGGCCUUCAUGGGCGCCGUACAGGCGAUGGGCCUAGCACCCGUGUACGGCUGCUUCGGGCUGGUAGCGCUGGCGGGGGCGGCGUUCGUGAGGAGGAUGGUUCCCGAGACCAAGGGCAAGACGCUGGAGCAGAUCGAGGCGGAACUGCGCUCCGGGGGCAAGACGGUGUGAGGGGC